GAAGGGCAUAUAACCCAGCUCUUAGAAAUUAUUCAAAAUGAAAAGAAUAAGGUCAUCUUUAAUACUAUGGGCUGGAAUCUUGUGGGACCUGUUGUUCGAUGCCUUUUAUGGAAUGAUAAAGAAGAUGAUAAAAGAAAAGAUUAUUAUCAGAUGCUUGAUUUAUUGGUAAAGGUUCAAUUGUGAAUAUUUUUAUAGUUAUGUAAUCCAAAGGAAUUAUUGUUGGGUUUGCUUGAAUUGAUCGAAGAACCCUCUGGAAAACAGAUAUCCCAAAUUAUUCUUCUUUUACUUCAGCCAUUGCAAACAGUGAUUCAGAAACUCCCUAACAACAAAGCAUAUUCCGUUGGAUUAGCAUUGUCUACCCUUUGGAGUCAACUGUUUCUUCUUCCGGUUCCAUACUCAAAAGAACAAAUACAGACAGAUGACUAUGGCCUCUGUCAAUGUUGCAAGGCCUUGAUAGGGUUAACUAAGCCAUUUGUGGAAGAAGUCAUUGAUGCCAAAGAGAACUCAGUGGAAAAUGAAAAGUUAAAGGAUGAAUUACUGAAAUUUUGUUUGAAAAGCUUGAAAUGCCCUUUGCUGACAGCACAAUUCCUUGAACAAUCUGAAGAAGGUGAAAAUGAUCCUUUAAAGUUUUUUGCAGCUGAAAUAAUAGGGUUUUUAUCAGCAAUUGGACACCCUUUCCCCAAAAUGAUUUUUAAUCAUGGAAGGAAAAAGAAGACUUGGAAUUACCUUGAAUUUGAGGAAGAAGAAGAUAAACAGUUAGCAGACUCUAUGGCUUCACUGGCCUAUCUAGUAUUUGUACAGGGCAUCAGUAUUGAUCAGCUUCCGAUGGUCUUAAGCCCAUCGUACCUUUUGCAGUUUAAUGUGGGGCAUAUUGAAGUCUUUUUGCAAAGAACAGAAGAGUCUGUUUUCUCCAAAGGAUUGGAAUUGCUGGAGAAUGGCUUGUUAAGAAUAGAGGACAACAGUCUCCUUUAUCAGUACUUGGAAAUCAAGAGUUUUCUUACUGCACCUCAGGGUUUAGUCAAAGUAAUGACACUUUGCCCUAUUGAGACAUUGAGGAAAAAGGGUUUAGCUAUGCUUCAGCUAUAUAUUAACAAGUUGGAUUCACAAGGCAAAUAUACAUUAUUUAGGUGCUUAUUGAAUACCAGUAAUCAUUCGGGUGUGGAGGCCUUUAUUAUUCAGAAUAUCAAAAAUCGAAUUGACAUGUCAUUUAAGAAAACGCAAAACGAUAAAUGGUUUACAGGACCACAGCUGAUUUCUCUGCUGGAUUUGGUGCUCUCCCUCCCAGAGGGUGCUGAAAUGGAUUUACUGCAAAACUCAGACAGGAUUAUGGCAUCAUUAAAUUUGUUGAGAUAUUUGAUUAUCAAAGAUAAUGAAAAUGACAAUCAAACUGGAGUUUGGACAGAACUUGGAAAGAUUGAGAAUAAUUUCUUAAAACCACUCCAUACAGGACUUAACAUGUCAAAAGCACAUUAUGAAGCAGAAAUUAAAAACAGUCAAGAAAAUAGCCAAGCGAUACAGAAGUCUAAGGAUCUCUGUUCUAUAACUGUAGGUGGAGAAAAGAUGCCAAAUAUACCUCCGGAAAUGCAGCUGCAGGUCUUACAUUCAGCCCUUUUCACAUUUGAUUUGAUUGAAAGUGUACUGGCUCGAGUAGAAGAACUCAUUGAAAUAAAAACAAAGUCUACCUCUGAAGAAAACACUGGGAUAAAGUAAAAGUUCUACUUCCUAAAUAAAAACUAAGAAAAUAAAA